AUGAAGACUACCCUUUGUGUUCUUUAUAUCUUUCUUCUCUUUUCAAGCUUUCUAUGCCAAACCCAUGCAGGCAACAAACAGACACAAGCUCUUAACCAUCUUUACAGGGCCAAAUGGUCCCUUAACUCCGCCAUUGACACCAGCCAUUUCGAGCCACCUCAACAUGUGAACAACGCUAGCAUUCUUCUUCAAGAAGGUCUGAAGGAGAACGAUAAAAUCCACAAAUUGCCUGGUCAACCAUACGUCAGAUUUGACCAGUACGGCGGGUAUGUUACUGUAAACGAAUCGGCCGGUAGGGCAUUUUACUAUUACUUUGUUGAAGCUGAUCAAACCUCUAACGAAUCAUUACCACUCCUUCUUUGGCUUAACGGAGGGCCAGGUUGUUCGUCACUCGCUUAUGGAGCUAUGCAGGAGCUUGGGCCAUUCCGAGUCAACAGCGAUGGCAAAACUCUUUAUAGAAAUGAUUUUUCAUGGAACCAUGCGGCGAAUGUUUUGUUUCUGGAGUCACCUGCGGGUGUAGGGUUUUCUUAUUCAAAUUCGUCAUCAGAUUAUAUAAACUGUGGAGACGAAUCAACAGCAGCGGACAAUUAUGUGUUCUUGUUGAAUUGGCUGGAGAGAUUUCCAGAGUACAAAGAAAGAGAAUUUUACAUUUCAGGAGAAAGUUAUGCUGGCCACUAUGUGCCUCAGCUUGCACAUACCAUUCUUUACUACAACAAGAUGGCCAAUAAAACCCUAAUCAAUCUUAAGGGGAUCCUUAUUGGGAACGCGGUGAUCAACGAUGAGACUGAUACCAUAGGGAUGUAUGAUUACUUUGGUUCACAUGCUAUUGUUUCAGAUGAAAUACUUGAUCAGAUUCGUAUAUAUUGUGAUUUUUCCCCGAAUACAACCAAACAGUCAGAUAAAUGCUUGGAAGCCAACGCUGAAGUUGGUCAAAAUAUUGUCAAUAUUGAUAUCUACAACAUCUAUGCGCCUGUAUGCUCUAAACAAAUUCUUACGUCCAAGCCCAAGCCGAUGUCGCGAGCUAUUGAUCCAUGCAGCGAACACUACACAUAUGUUUAUAUGAAUCGUCAAGAUGUUCAAGAAGCUCUGCAUGCCAAUGUCACAAAGCUUGAUCAUGAUUGGGAACCAUGCAGCGAUGUCAUCAACAUAUGGAAAGAUAGCCCUUCGACGAUCAUUCCACUCCUUAGAGAAUUCAUGAAGGAUAACCUUCGCGUGUGGAUAUACAGUGGUGAUACUGAUGCAAGGGUGCCAGUCACCUCAACCAAGUAUUCCAUCAAUUCAAUGAGUCUUCCCAUAAAGACUCCAUGGCAUCCAUGGCUUUAUCAAGGGAAGGUGGGUGGAUUUGCUCAAGUCUAUGAAGGAGAUCUAACAUUCGCCACAGUGCUUGGAGCCGGUCACCAGGUGCCAAGCUACAAACCAAAGACCGCACUUGGACUGGUUACACAUUUCUUGACUGGGAAACCUCUUAAUGGUUCAAGAUAUCGAUUAAGUUGA